GGUUUACCAAGGGGUUGUUUGAUUACCAAUACUAGCGAUUUCUAGAGGUUACAUGGGAGAGUGAGAUGCAUGUUGUUUAGUUCCCUGCAUAUGGGUUGCGUGCAUUGAGAAAACAAUUUCCAGUCGGUGUUUGGUUACAUGCAUGCAUCGUAACAACUACUGUACACAUGAACGGAGAGGGUACAGUAGUAAACAGUAAUAAACUACACACGUGACAACACACACAAGUUUACAUGAACAAGACACACGUACCAGCACACCCACACGUCCGCAUGAACAAGAAAGACGCAGAAUCGAGCUCCUUUCCACGGAGACGGAAAAAAAUGGAGGCGAAUAUUAUGGGAUAGGAGAAAGGCCAAGAGGAGCAGAGAGUGAGAUAGAGAGAGGAGAGAGCGGAGGGGAUAAACGGACAAGAGGGAGAAGCUGAGAACAAAUCCAAGCCAACCAACCAAUCCCAAUAUCCAUAGACCACACUGACUCUCCAUUGGACCACAGCUCUCCUUCCCCAACCAAAACUAAGAAACCCCUGCAACUCUGCACUGCAAGAACACCACCAUCCCACCUCCCAGCGAGAAAAUCUUUUUUGUACGAAAAAAGGGGGCGGUCAGAUUUACUCCACAUCACUCCCCAUGCACCGGCCCUGAGGAAAGCGUUCCAGUCGACUCUCCAUUCUUCCACGAUUCCAGGAAACCCUCGCCGAUCCAAGCAAAUCUUGUUCACCAGAGCGCCAAGAAGUUGUUGCCUCUUGGCUUCAUGACAGCUCCUUGAGCUGCUGCUCGUUAUCCAGCUUUUUCCUUUGGUAAUUAGCUACCUGCUCGUCGUCGCACAAAGGCCUUGGUGCCUAGUCAUGUCGGCGUCGCCGUCGAUGAGCGGCGGUGCCGGGGAGCGGACGCGGACGGUGGUGUGGUUCAGGCGGGACCUGCGCGUGGAGGACAACCCGGCCCUAGCGGCGGCGGCGCGAACAGCCGGGGAGGUGGUGCCGGCGUACGUGUGGGCGCCGGAGGAGGACGGGCCGUACUACCCUGGGCGGGUGUCCCGGUGGUGGCUCAGCCAGAGCCUCAAGCACCUGGACGCCUCGCUGCGCCGGCUCGGCGCCACCCGGCUGGUCACCCGACGGUCCACCGACACCGUCGCCGCGCUGCUGGAGCUCGUCCGCAGCACCGGCGCCACCCAUCUCUUCUUCAACCACCUCUACGACCCGCUGUCGCUGGUCCGGGACCACCGGGUGAAGCAAGUGCUGGGGGCCGAGGGCAUCACCGUGCAGUCCUUCAACUCCGACCUGCUCUACGAGCCAUGGGAGGUCCUCGACGACCACGGCUGCCCCUUCACCAUGUUCACGCCCUUCUGGAACACGUGCCUCUGUAUGGUCGACCCCCCCGCGCCCAUGCUGCCACCCAAGAGGAUUAAUUCAGGUGAAUUGUCGAGGUGCUGCUCAUCGGACGACCUCAUCUUCGAAGACGAGUCGGAGAGGGGGAGCAACGCGCUGCUCGCACGCGCGUGGUCGCCGGGGUGGCAGAACGCCGACAAGGCUUUCACGGCCUUCAUCAACGGCCCGCUCAUCGACUACUCCGUGAACCGCAAGAAGGCCGACAGUGCAAACACCUCACUGCUCUCCCCCUACCUGCACUUUGGCGAGCUCAGCGUCCGCAAGGUCUUCCAUCAGGUACGGAUGAAGCAGCUAACGUGGAGCAACGAGAGCAACGGCGACGGCGAGGAGGGCUGCAGCCUCUUCCUCCGCUCCAUCGGCCUGCGAGAGUACUCCAGGUACCUCGCCUUCAACCACCCAUGCAGCCACGAGAAGCCCCUCUUGGCUCAUCUCAGGUUCUUCCCCUGGGUGGUCAAUGAGGUCUACUUCAAGGUCUGGAGGCAGGGUAGGACCGGCUACCCUCUUGUCGACGCCGGCAUGAGGGAGCUUUGGGCCACCGGCUGGCUGCAUGACCGCAUACGUGUCGUCGUCUCAAGCUUCUUUGUCAAGGUUCUCCAGCUGCCAUGGCGCUGGGGGAUGAAGUACUUCUGGGACACCUUGCUGGACGCCGACCUUGAGAGCGACGCGUUGGGCUGGCAGUACAUCUCCGGGUCUCUGCCUGAUGGCCGUGAGCUCGACCGCAUUGACAACCCGCAGUUUGAAGGCUACAAGUUCGACCCAUGCGGGGAGUACGUCCGGCGAUGGCUGCCGGAGCUGGCGAGGCUACCAACGGAAUGGAUACACCACCCCUGGGAUGCACCCGAGUCUGUGCUGCAGGCUGCAGGAAUUGAGCUAGGUUCCAAUUACCCUCUCCCCAUUGUUGAGCUAGAUGAAGCCAAGUCCAGAUUGCAGGACGCCCUGUCAGAGAUGUGGGAGCUUGAGGCAGCCUCUCGUGCUGAGAUAGAGAAUGGAAUGGAGGAAGGCCUGGGAGACUCCUCAGACGAGCCACCCAUUGCCUUCCCCCAAGAGCUGCAGCAUAUGGAAGUGGACCGUGCCACUAUCCAUACACCAGCGAUGGCUGGCCGGAGACGAGCAGAUCAGAUGGUGCCUAGCAUCACCUCUUCCUUUUUCAGAGCUGAAACAGAAACAGAACUUUCUGCGGCUUUUGAAAGCGAAGUGACUAGGCCGGAGGUGCCAUCACAGGUGCAUUUCCAGCCUCAGACUCGGAUGGAAGUCAGGGAUGAAGUUGCCAGCGACGACACUGCUGCCAGAUACAACGGCGUCCAGCAGCAGCAGCAGUAUACCCUACACCGUCACCGUGUGCAGGGCGGCAUAGCACCAUCCACUUCAGAGGCAUCAAGCAGCUGGACUGGGAGAGAAGGUGGGGUAGUACCCGUCUGGUCGCCUCCGGCUGCGUCAGGCCAUUCAGAUCCCUACGCUGCGGAUGAAACUGACAUUUCCAGUAGGAGUUAUUUGGACAGGCACCCGCAGCAGUCACAUAGGUUGAUGAAUUGGAAUCAGCUCUCCCAGUCAUCGUGACCUCAGAUGCAUGCUGGAUGAAACAACAGCGGGCUGCCAAGUGGAAAACUUUUGCCCAGAUGCAUGAACGAAUUUAGUUGUGUAGGGAGUUGGAGAGUGACGUAUGUACAUUAUAUUGCCUUCUGUUCACCUAUAGCCUUGGUAUGCAGGAAGAACCAAGUGAUGCAGCUUCAUUCAUGGGUGCAAUAAGUUAUGUAAAACUAGAAUUGUAAAACUUCUGUGGUAAUAGUAUAGAUUGCUAGUUGUCAAAA